AUGCAAUUGCGACGCUUUUGGGAGCUUGAGGAGUACGUUGAAACUUCAUCUCAUCUCAGUGAGGAGAAAAAACUGUGCGAAGAAUAUUUUCUCAAACAUACCGUUCGGGAUGCCAGCGAGAAGUUUACAGUUCGGCUACCAUUUCUGCACCCACCGAGUCAACUUGGCGACUCGAGGCAAAUGGCUGAGAAACGUUUGAGCCACAUCGAGCGAAAAUUACAUCGAAACCCUCAACUCAAGCACGAAUAUCAUGCUUUUUUUCGGGAGUACCUCGAACUCGGGCAUAUGACGCUUGCUGAGUGCCCAGCACCCAAAGAUAGCGUAUAUCUCCCCCAUCAUUGUGUAGUCAAAGAAGCCAGUUCUACCACAAAAUGUCGCGUCGUCUUUGACGCCUCAGCGAACACGACCAGCACUAAAUCACUUAAUGACGUGCUUAUGGCCGGGCCCGUUCUACAAGACUCGUUGGUCAACGUUCUUCUUCGGUUUCGUUUGCCGGCAUUUGUGGUCACCGGUGAUAUAAAACAAAUGUAUCGUAUGGUUGAAAUCCACGAAGCGGAUCGUGACUUUCAACGGAUCCUUUGGCGAUGGUCGAGCGACGAGCCGGUAAGCGAGUAUCCGCUGAAUACUGUCAUAUACGGAACCAAAAGUGCAUCACGACAGCAUCCGACGGCGGUUGAGAAAGCAGAAAAGGGAACCUACGUGGACGAUGUUCUAACUGGCGCUGAUUCCGAAGAAGAAGCCAUCCUACUACGACUGCAGUUAUCAACGAUUUUUGCCUCCGGUGGAUUCUACUUGCGGAAGUGGGCAUCAAACAGCGCAGCAGUGCUCGACGGUGUUCCAGCCGCCGAUCUCGAAAUGCAAACAUCGAUUGAAAUCAACGAUACACGCACUAUCAAGGCCCUCGGCAUCCACUGGCAGCCGUGCAGCGACCAGUUCCAGUUUUCAAACAUACCGAACAAGAUCUUUCAGCCCACUAAGUGGACCAUGCUUUCUCAAAUCGCCAGUAUUUUCGACCCGCUUGGACUAUUGGCCUCAAUCGUCGUGAAAGCAAAGAUGGUCAUGCAACAAUUGUGGGAGCUGAAGGUGACCUGGGAUGAAACUCCCCCCGGUGAGUUAGUUCAACAUUGGUUAGUGUUUGUGCAAAGCCUUUCUGAUCUCAAUUCAUUGCAGGUACCUCGUCGAGUAAUCGGCACGCAGGGAGCGUCGCGCUAUUACCUGCACGGCUACAGUGAUGAAUCCGAGCGAGACAUGGGAGCAUGCGUCUACCAGGCAUGGUAA